CGGCUGCGCGAUACGUUGACGCGGUAGGGUAGAAAAGGGUAGCGAUUCCGGAGCCGGGAGAGGGGAGCAAUUGCCGACUGGAGGGACAGAGAGAAGGAGUGGAAGAGAACGAGAGAAGGAGGGGCGGCCUGAAAAGCUCGGGGCCAGGCUGGCUUCGAUCGCUCAAUAUUCAUCCCUUGGCCGGACGAGUGCGCCCGAGAACAGCGGCUCCAGACGAGGGCACGAAUCAACCCUUCCUUCCUUCUUUUGCGUCCUCGGCCGCGCCACUGUUCCUUCAGGAGACGAGCAAGACCAACGGCAGGAGCCGGAGGAACCUGAGAAAGGGAACCGCACGUCGACGAUCCGUGGUGUUGGACGCGAGAGAGCUUGCGGACGCUGCUCUCUCUUCGCUCAUCGUAGUUUGAGUUCGAACGGGAUCGGAAAUGGAGGACAAGAAAGUCGAGCAGUACUACAGUCCGCCGCCGAAGCUCGGCAAAUGGGAAGGUUUUAAGAUCUUUUUAUGGAACCCUGAGACAGGACAGUUCCUCGGGCGCACGGGUGCUAGCUGGGGGAAAAUUUUGUUAUUCUACAUAAUUUUCUAUGCCGUACUUGCUGGUUUCUUCGGUGCUAUGUUGGCCGUUUUCUAUCAAACGUUAGACCCGAACGAACCGAAGUGGCAGCUGGAUAGUUCUUUAAUCGGAAGCAACCCUGGACUCGGUUUCAGGCCUAUGCCUCCCGCGAGUAACGUCGAAAGUACUUUAAUUUGGUACAAAGCUAGCGACGAAGGUAACUUCAUACACUGGACCAAAGAAUUGGACACCUUCCUCGCAGAGUAUCAUAAAUCUCCGACCUUUACAAAUGGCACUAAGAGGAGGGUGGCUUGCGACUACUGGAAACCACCAGCGACAGGUAGAGUCUGUGACGUAGACAUGUCGUCGUGGGGACAGUGCACGAAAGAAAACAAAUAUGGCUAUAAUAAAUCGGCUCCUUGCAUUUUCUUGAAGCUGAACAAGAUUUUCGGCUGGAUGCCAGAAUUCUAUAACGAUACGAAAGCGCUGCCAAGCACUAUGCCAGCCGAUCUUCGGGAACACAUCAAGCAGGAGGAAACCGCGAAUAGGUUGGAUACCGUUUGGGUAUCGUGCGCUGGCGAAAACCCAGCUGAUAUUGAGAAUAUGGGAGCAAUUCAAUACAUUCCACGCCGUGGCUUCCCUGGCUACUACUUCCCCUUCACAAACACCCCAGGAUACCUGAGCCCUCUCGUAGCUGUUUUCUUCGAAAAACCUAAAUAUGGUGUGCUGAUCAACAUCGAGUGCAAGGCCUGGGCGCACAACAUCAUCCACGACAGAUUCGAGAGGCGCGGCUCCGUACACUUCGAGCUAAUGGUGGAUUAAGCGCAGCACUUGCCACCUUUUGCAAGACCACUACCAACUGCGUCCAAGAAAUAUGUAGGAGGGAAGGAGAAUAAGACAAAUUUCUUUUUUAAUCAAUCUCGCUGGCGGAUCGUGACCACUCCUUCUUUCCUCCGGUUAUCUCUGCCGACGAUACCGCCCCAAAGCCGCGUUUCUUCUCGUCGUAUAUUAACCGUAGAUCCGUCAGGCGCUCAUACUCAUAUUCACUCAUCCUCAUCUUCGUACUGAUUCUCUUCAUUGUGAUCUUUGAGGCAUUGUUAACUCAUUAAUCGCGCGCUUCUUACUACCAUUCAAGGGAAAUCGUUAUUCGUCUUCAUUUCUCUCUCACAGAGGCGCACAUACACGCAUACGCAAACACAGAGACAAGUGUACACGCAUACGAAAUAAUGAGACCACACUUACGUGCACACACGAACACGCGCAUACCGAAGGAAAAAGGAAAACGUGUAUGUGUGUAUAUAUGUAUAUAUACACAUGUAUACAGAUUCAUACGCAGAAGAACACACACGCAUACACUCACACAUACAUGUACAUCGACACAAAGACAUGAAAAAGAAAAAGAAAACGAAUACACAGAUACGGAGUUCUCUUAUCGAUCGACGCUUUCACGGCAAAUGGUUUAUCACAGAACGGGUAGAACGGAUCCGUGUAAAAAUUGGCUAUAUACAAGCUGUAGACACAGGACACGUUACGGCGUACGCAUACGUAUGCGCAUAGGGAUGCACAAAACCAAAACACAGUUCAGCGGAAAAAUUCUGCACAAAACGAGUGGCGGUAUCUCUUCUUUCUAUCGGGGGCGAAGGGGAGUGGUCGUACUGUCAGGAUCUAAGUAAUCGUUCGGGGUAUCCGUUUGGAUGCGCGUAAGAGGUUCACCUUACUGUUUUGCCCCGUUUUUCGCGAGUUUUUCGCUUUUCGUGUACAACUUCCUUUUUCGACGUUCACGAUUACGUUUCCCGUUCGCCGGCCCCGUUCGCCGGCCCUGUCGCGACGCGUCGCCGACGCGACGGAACGGCCCGGGCCGCGCGCGCGCGCGCGCGCGACGCGUUUUUCCGUUCACCGGUUUCUCUUUCUCGUUCUUUUCAUCUCGAACUCGUUGGUACUCGUCCUAGCCGGCGAGGCCGCUAACGUGUAGGGUACACCGAGGAUAAUUGAUACUCUUAGUUCGUGCCACGUAGACGUACUUAACGAAACGAAAAAAGGCAAAAAAGAAAUAAAAUUAGUGUCUUUACGCCCGUCGGUUCGGUGCACCCGGCACGGUGGAACUUUUGAUUUCGACUUCCACGAAGAAGCUCUCGGUCGCGGCUCUCGGCGAAUCUUGAUCGAAAGUUCCGCCGUCUCGGGCUGGAACGUUUCAGGAACGCCCGAAGAAUCGAAAUUCACAAGACGGUGGGAAUGGGACAGGGACUCGCCGCCUCGCGUAUUGGUGCGUUCGAUCGACACGCUGCUGCAGCGUCGCGAGGCAGAGUGAACGAGGGCGAUCGAGCGAGGUUCGUUUCGAAGCGAUUCGACGGAUUCCGUGGAUUUCUGCGGUGGAACUUUUGAUUGGAAACCCCGUAACUCCCUUAAUUCGGUUCGCGACACGCUGAUCUCUUGUUUCAUGGACGAAGACGACGACGACGACGACGACGAUGAUGACGACGACGAUGAUGAUGACGACGACGACGACGACGAAGGAGAAUUGGUCUCGUUAGAAUCGAUGAAAUUCGCUAGACGAUCGUGCGCGAAUGCUUCCUUUCGGAUUAACACGAAACGAACCUUCUUUUCGAUUUGAUUUCCGAGUUCCGCGAGUCGGGGGACAGAUGGGUCGCCGGCAUCGCGGAGAAUUCGGCGAGCGUGAUCAAAUGGUGGCAGCCUAGAGCGAACUGGGUAUAUACCUGGGUUGCGAAUUGAUUUCUUCUCGAAUCGAGCGGAAUAACGUCGUUAAAACGGAAAUUCGGAAUCAAAUUUUCGUGCGAGAAUCGUUCGCGGACGCGGCAACCGUUCCCCGUCGCCGAACGAUCAUCGGUAAUAGGCGAACGAAAGCAAUGAUUAUAUUUUUAAUCUGUGUUCUCUCUUUACCUUUCUUUCUAACAAAUUGCUCAACUUCUGAACGCGGCGAAUUUUCGAAUCGACGAAUUUUAUCGAAUUCAGUGGGAACUAAUUAAUAUCGUAAUUAUUACCGCCACUAGCCAUUAGUGAACGAGCAGAGGCUCGCGCGAGCGCGAGAGAAUCAAUAGGAAAUAACAGCCUGUGGGAGUAAACGAAGUUUGGUUGGAUUUCGAUUUGUCGAGAAACAGCGCGCAGACUGCACGGGAAAAGAUAAAUCAGCCUAGCGAUAACCGUACGACAUCGUAUGGAAAUAUGUAUUUAUGAUUAUAUUGUACCGCAUGAUAAUAUCUAGUGCUAGUCCACGCAAUCGUAUAGUCGAUAGGUUGUAUCAUACAGUCUGGAGAUCAGAGGAAUCAUAUUCUAUAUCAGCAGUAACUUAUAGUUGUCGGACCUAUUAUCGAAUUAAUUACUCGAUUGCCUCGUUUAGAUCGGUUCGUGGGAAUUCGAAGUAUCUUCGAGAACGGAAUUCAUUUGACAUUUUUCGAAAUUUUUCUACGCGACGUCAUUCCAUCGAUAUAUGCGUGAGAUGCAAGUUUUCGCGCGAGGAGACGCGAUCAACCGCCGCACCGGUUCUAUUAUUCUGUGUGUGUAUCUAUGUCCUCUUCAUUUCCGAAACGACGACCGCUCGCGUUACCCACUCACGUGGUUCGUCGAGACGAGCUAUAGAAUAUUUGCUCCCUGAUCUCUCGUCCUUGUGGCUUGUAUUUAGAGAAACAAAACUGGUUGUCCCGAGAGCUUGUUCGUUUUUCGAAAGACAGCGUUUACGCGGUGGUCGCCGCCCCUUUGCAUAUCCGGAUCCACGGCUCGCUGGUAGCACGACUUCGAAUUGGGGCUGCGUCACGAGAAUCUUCGACACUGACCGAAUGUCGCGAGGAAACCGCAUCCUCUUUCAUUGUUGUCCAGAUUACGCUUAUACGUUCACUACCGAAAUCAUACUGCCAAAAAAUAUGUUCACUACCAAAUAUAAUCUGUUACCUGUUACAUAAUGUAUCACGUUUCUCCUUGAAUAUUUUAUUGGGAAUUUUAGUAUCCGUUGCACCGUGUCUAUUCGUUGUUUUACCUUCGUGUUGUACGCUACGAGAUAGAAACGAAAGAAAACAAAGAAAACAAAGAAAACAAAGAAAUAAGUAAUACAGCUAAAACCGACUCUAGUACCGUGAAUCUUCCUUUUGGAAUCGCUGUUUCGAGGGGAUCGAUCCUGAUAGUAUGAGCGAAACGAUGCAUCGGUACACGCGGUAGGCAUCCGAGUGCGAGAUCCCUCGGGUGGGAGCGUAGCAAACGGCCAUUCUUGCUUCCGGCUAACACUUUCGAAAAAACGACAAAACGACAACAAUAACAACAACAAUAACAACAACAACAAAAAUGAAAAGAAAAAAAAUAAACAAAAGAACGGGAAAAAA